AUGAUUGCCACCACGCCUUCCUUUGCUGACCCUGCACAGCGGGACCGAUCUCGUUCUCCUCGACGCCGUUCGCGCAGUCCUCGACGUACUCGACGCUCUUACUCGCCCAGAAGCCGCUCCCGGAGCCGUGGCGACGACUACCACCGAAGUGAUCGCCGAUCUCGAAGUCCCAUGAGCGGUGCACCCAACGCAUCUGGGGGAUACGCGGGGUCAGGCUACGCUGGUAGUAGAGGCGGAGGUCCACCAAGAUCUUUCGAAGAUCGUGCCGCCGCAAAGGAACAAAUGAUGCAGUCCGUGCGCGAUUCAUCUCAACAAGACCGUCGUGUCUAUGUUGGCAAUUUGGCCUAUGAUGUCAAAUGGCAUCACUUGAAAGAUUUCAUGAGACAGGCUGGAGAAGUUCUCUUUGCUGAUGUCUUAUUACUUCCGAAUGGAAUGUCGAAGGUGGGCGCCAUUGUGAUUGUGGAAUACGCAACUAGGGAACAAGCCCAGCAAGCUAUCCAAACACUCAGCAAUCAGAGUCUCAUGGGCCGUCUGGUCUACGUCCGAGAAGAUCGCGAGACUGAACCUCGAUUCACUGGACCAUCAAAUCGUGGAGAUUUUGGUGGUGGUCCUAGAGGUGGUGGUGGCGGCGGAGGCUAUAAUGCCUACGGCAUGGGUGGUGGCGGCGGUGGAGGUGGCCGUCAACUCUAUGUUUCCAAUCUUCCUUUCAAUGUCGGUUGGCAAGAUUUGAAGGAUCUUUUCCGCGGCGCUGCCCAGGAAGGAGGUGUUAUUCGCGCAGACGUCCAUAUGGACCCUACUGGUCGACCCAAAGGCACCGGCAUCGUCGCCUACGAAUCACCAAACGAUGCACGCAACGCUAUCCAGCAGUUCAAUGGUUACGAUUGGCACGGCCGAGCCCUCGAAGUCCGAGAAGACCGCUAUGCGAGCAGUGGUCCGAUGGGCGGAGGCUACGGCGGAAGGGGUGGCUUUCAAGGCGGCUUUGGAGCACGUGGUGGAUUCGGGGGUGGCCGUGGAGGCUACGGAGGAGGUCGUGGGGGCUUUGGUGGUGGUUACUCUCGGGGUGGUUACGGAGGCGGCGGAUAUGGCGGCGGCGGCGGUGGCCCUGGCAGUACCGGUGGGUAUGGUGGCAAUCCCCAGGAGCAAGCUGCACCGAACCCUUUCACCGACUUCGCCACUUCCGGAGGAGAGAGGAGCACGAUCAUCUAUGCCCGAAACCUUCCUUGGUCAACCAGCAAUGAUGACUUGAUCGAGUUGUUUACCACCAUUGGCAAAGUCGAACGAGCAGAGAUCCAGUACGAGCCUAACGGACGUUCCCGAGGAACCGGAGUGGUUGAAUUCGACAGCACUGAGAACGCUGAAACUGCAAUCUCAAAAUUCACCGGCUAUAUGUAUGGCGGUCGCCCUCUUGGCCUGACAUACGUCAAGUACACGAAUGCCAAUGGUCAAGACGCAAUGGAAGGGCAAGAGGCGGCAGGCGGAAUGACACAAGAUCAGAUGAUGUGA